UUUUAUCUUUCUCAUCUGGUUUUCUACAUUUUUCUAAUAGAAAUAGUUUCCAGUUUCCACCACUUUUUUAAAUUCCUAUAUGGGAAUUUCUUCAAUUUUUUGAUAUUGUCAACUUUCUUUCCAAAUUUGCAUAGUCCAAAGACUAGUUGCUGUAAUGUGCACUAGCACUACAAGUCACAAUCUGAAAAGCUAAUUAAGAUAGAUUUAUUCUAAGAACAAACAUACUAUUUGGGCAAAUACAUUUGUAAAUUUCAUCAUAUGAAAAAGAAAUCUUAUGUGCAUAUUAUGGAUCAUGUGCACAUUCUUGUUCUCUUUCUGUCUUGUUUUAUGAUAUGUAAUCUGGGUUCCUCUCAAGAUUACAUUACAAAGACUCAAUUUCUUAGUGAUCCAGGAACAAUACAGUCUAGAAAUGGUACUUUCAAACUUGGGUUUUUCAGCCCCAUCAAUUCGACUAAUCGUUAUGUUGGGAUAUGGUAUAACAUCAAAUCCGACUUGUUGGAAAUUGUAUGGGUAGCUAACAGGAAUAAUCCAAUCACUGAUUCUUCUGGGGUGCUCAAAAUAUCCGAGGAUGGAAAUCUUCAACUCUUAAAUGGACAAAAUAAAACCUUUUGGUCUUCUAAUCUGACAGGAAAUGAGGUAAACGAAACAUAUGCACAACUUUCAGAAGAUGGAAAUUUUGCCCUGCAUUCAAAUACUAGUGAUGCAAUGAAAUGGCAGAGUUUUGAUCAUCCUACAGAUUCAUUAAUUUUGCUUCAGAUGAAGCUUCCUAUUAACGAGAGUCAGAAUGAUAAGCAAAUAUUGUUUCGAUCAUGGAAGAACGUUUCUGAUCCAUCGAUUGGUAACUUUACAGCUGGGGUUAGUACUCAUUACCCUCUUCACUUGUUUAUAUUGAAUAAUGGUCGUCCUUAUUGGCGUAGUAAUGCAUGGGAUGGUAAUGUAUUUUUUGGAAAAGAUUCAGAUGUUAGUAUUUCUAGCGACAAUGAAGGAAGAGCGUACUAUGGAUUUUCCUUUGGAAAUCAAUCAAAACUACAACAUGCUGUAGUGACUUUUGAUGGUAACCUUGUGUUAAAGCAAUGGAAUGCUGAUACUCGAAAGUGGGAGAUUUUGUGGCAGUCUCGAGAAUCUGAGUGCGAUGAGUAUAGCAAGUGUGGAGCAUUCGGGAUUUGUAAUCCAAAAGCAUCUCUGAUUUGUGAUUGUUUAAAGGGGUUUGUGCCAAGAAACAAACAAGAAUGGAGCAGAGGAAAUUGGACUAGUGGGUGUGUUCGGAAAACAGUAUUGCAGUGUGACGGUAACACUAAAGGGAAAACUGCAGACACGUUUUUGAAGUUAAGGGAUACGAAAUUACCAGAUAGUGGCUUCUUGGUUUCGACAAAUAGUGAAGACGAAUGUAGGAGUCAGUGCCUAGGAAGAUGUACGUGUUUAGCUUAUUCUUAUAUAUCAAAUUCUGGCUGUAUGACUUGGAACAAUAGCUUGAUCGACAUUCAGACUGGUGCUUCUAAAAGUUUAAUCAAUGCUAAGGGCGUUGAUCUUUCGAUUCGUUUAGCUCCUUCAGAAUUAGAUAAAUCUGAUCAGCCGCAAGGUAAAGAUCCUAAAAAGAAAAUAAUUCUUUUGGUAACAUUGCUUAUUGGAACAGCUACUAUUGUGCUCAUCGUCAUGUUCUGUUUAUGGAGGCGGUUGAGUAAAAGAAAUGGACUAGCAAGAUUGAUGAACAAGAAGGCGCGAAGGCAGAACUCGAGGCAUGAAGAUGUAACAAGUAGGGAAUUUGGAGAUUUACCAAUGUUUGAAUUCGAAAAAUUGGCUAGUGCUACUGAUCAUUUUCAGGAAAAGAACAAGCUUGGGAAAGGUGGAUUUGGCCCUGUAUACAAGGGAAAGUUAGAAGACGGUCAAGAGAUAGCAGUUAAAAGACUUUCAAAAAUAUCGGGACAAGGCCUUCAAGAGUUUAUGAACGAGGUUUUAGUGAUCUCAAAACUUCAACAUAGAAAUCUUGUGAAGUUGUUAGGCUGUUGUGUUGAAGGAGAAGAAAAACUGCUGGUUUAUGAAUACAUGCCAAAUAAAAGCCUAGAUGCACUUCUCUUUGAUUUAAGUCAUAAGAAGCUUCUAGAUUGGAAGAAACGAUUCAAUAUUAUCUUAGGCAUAUGUCGAGGACUUCUUUAUCUUCAUCGAGAUUCUAAAUUAAGGAUUAUUCAUAGAGAUCUAAAAGCAAGCAACAUUUUGCUGGAUGGAAAUCUAAAUUCAAAGAUAUCAGACUUUGGGAUGGCAAGGAUAUUUGGAGAUAACGAAGUUCAAGGGGACACUAAAAGGAUUUGUGGCACCUAUGGCUAUAUGUCUCCUGAGUACGCAAUGGAAGGGCAAUUUUCUGAAAAGUCAGACGUGUUUAGCUUUGGCGUCUUGCUACUAGAAAUUGUCAGUGGGAGAAGAAACAGUAGUUUCAGGGACGAGGAGUCUUUAAGUCUCUUAUGCCAUGCAUGGAAAUUGUGGAACGAAGAUGAUAUUUUUUCGUUGAUUGAUCCAACAAUUUCAGAAUCGGUCUAUCUAACAGAAAUAUUGAGGUGCAUACAACUCGGCCUGUUGUGCGUGCAAGAAUUCCCUCAAGAUCGACCAAGCAUUUCCAAUGUUCUUUGCAUGAUUGAGAAUGAAAUGACUGUGCUUCCACACCCAAAACAACCUGGCUUUACACUAAGAAGAACCUCUUCUGGUAAACCAACUCCACACUAUGGUCAUGAAUAUUGUUCUAAUUGGAUUUCAGUUAGUUCCUUCACUGGUCGAUAUCAAGGAUAUAUGGAUAAGCUUUCCUACAUGAAAAAUAGUCUUAUUUUUUUCUUUGGUGAAUUAAUAUUGACGUUUGUUCGUUGUUACUCCUCCGUCUCUCUGAAUUUGUUCUAUGAUAUGGACACUUCUGUUCUAUUUCUGUCUUGUUUUUCUUUGUUCUUUUGUUCAGCUUCAGCCAAUAUCACAACCACUCAAUUUCUUAAAGACCCAGAUGAAUUAAUCUCUUCAAAUUCCAAUUUCAAGCUAGGGUUUUUCAGCCCUCCUAAUUCGAGCAAUCGCUAUGUCGGAAUCUGGUACAAUAAGCUUGAUUCUAAUGUACUUAAAGUCAUAUGGAUAGCCAACAGGGAAAACCCACUUAACAACACUUCUGGGAUGCUCAAAAUAUCAGAAAAUGGAGAUCUUCAGCUCAUGAAUGGACAAAAUAUCAUAUGGUCAACAAAUACUGCACAUAAUCAGAAGGUAAAUAAUUCAGUUGCUCAAAUUCUUGAUAAUGGAGACCUUGUUUUACUAGCAAAUAUCAAUGGUGUUCCCAUUUGGGAGAGUUUUGAUCAUCCUAUAGACUCGUUACUGUCGCGUAUGACAGUAACUGUUACUGAUCAAAACACGACCACAUCGAGAAAACUUACAUCUUGGAAGAGCUUCUCAGACCCUUCCACAGGGCGGUAUAGUGCAGGAAUUCGUCCUGCAGGUAUACUUUCCGAAAUUUUCAUCUGGGAUGGUAAUAGUCCGUAUUGGCGAUCUGGACCUUGGAACGGUCAUGUGUUUAUUGGUGUACCUUCUAUGUACUAUUUUGCACUUUUCGAUGGAUUUCGUUUAGAAAAUGAUCAUAAAGGUACCAUAAGUUUAUACUUCUCUACAGCAAGCCAAAAUGCAACAGAACACUAUGUUCUGACUCAUGAUGGAUUAUUGGAGCAGACUAAUUGGGACAGUAACAGCAAAAACUGGACUGUUAUAUGGAAAUCUCGAGAAUCUGACUGCGAUGUGUAUGGUAGGUGUGGUGAAAAUGGGAUUUGUAACUCGAAGAAUUCGCCUAUAUGUAGUUGUUUAAGGGGGUUUGAACCAAGGAAUGAGCGAGAAUGGAGUGAAGAGAAUUGGAGUAGUGGGUGCAGACGAAGAACAUCGUUGCAGUGUAAGAGUAUAGAAGGUGAAAGGGAUGAGUUUUUAAGGUUAGGGAAUAUGAAAGUUCCUGAUAAUGCUGAGUGGUUGUUCUCACAAGAUGAAGGGCAUUGUAGAAGUCAGUGCUUAGGAAAUUGUUCUUGUUUAGCUUAUGCUUAUUAUUUAGGUAUUGGGUGUAUGGUGUGGAACAAAGGCUUGGUUGAUUUGCAGGAAUUCUCUUCUGUUGGUGUUGAUCUUUUCGUUCGUGUGGCUUAUUCCGAGCUAGAACAAAAUAGUAGCAGAUUGAUAAUUAUUUUACCAAUCACAUUGGUCUCUGGAGCAAUUAUAUGUGCCCUUGUGCUGUACUGUUUAUGGAGACGGAUGCAAAGGCAGAAUGAAACAACUGAAAUCAGCAAGAACACACAAUUACAUAGCAAAUCAGAUUUUAGUGAAUUGAAAUUGCAAGAUGUACUUUUGUUUAAAUUUGAAGAGUUGAUAGCUGCAACAAAUAACUUUGAUGAUGAUAAUAAGCUGGGGCAAGGUGGUUUUGGUCCUGUAUUCAAGGGAGAUCUAAAAGAUGGACAAGAAAUCGCAGUUAAAAGACUUUCAAGAGCAUCGGGACAAGGCCUACAAGAGUUUAAGAAUGAAGUAGAUGUCAUCUCCAAACUCCAACAUAGGAACCUUGUUAGAUUACUUGGUUGUUGUGUAGAUGGGGAAGAAAAAAUGUUGGUCUAUGAAUACAUGCCCAAUAAGAGUUUGGAUGCAUUUCUUUUUGAUCCACAAUCUCGACAAUUUCUUGACUGGAAGAAGCGCUUACAUAUUAUCGAGGGUAUAUGUCGAGGUCUUUUGUACCUUCAUAGAGAUUCGAGAUUAAAAAUUAUUCACAGAGAUCUUAAAGUAAGCAAUAUUUUAUUGGAUGAAGAUCUCAAUCCCAAAAUAUCAGAUUUCGGAAUGGCAAGAAUAUUCGGGAGGAAAGAAGAUCAAUGCAACACUAGAAGGGUCGUUGGCACCUAUGGUUACAUGUCUCCGGAAUAUGCAAUGCAAGGAAGGUUUUCUGAAAAAUCAGAUGUGUUCAGUUUCGGAGUGCUGCUCUUGGAGAUUGUAAGCUGUAGAAAGAACACAUGUUUUAACGAUGAAGACUCUUUGAGUCUCAUUGGAUAUGCUUGGAAAUUGCGAAAUGAGGAUGAUAUUCUUGCACUAAUUGAUCCAACCAUAAACAUUCCAUGCUUCCAAGGAGAGAUUUUGAGGUGCAUUGAAGUAGGAUUGUUGUGUGUUCAAGAAUUUCCUGAAAAAAGGCCAUCAAUUUCAACAAUCAUUUCCAUGCUUGAUAGAGAAAUUACUGAUCUUCCACAACCAGUGCAACCAGGAUUUACAUUAACCAAAGAUUAUUAUUAUCCCAAAAGACCUCUCCAAAUCUGUGUCCAAGAUCAAUAUUGUUCUGUCAAUAAUCUUACUCUCACAUCCCACAUUAGUGCUCGAUAACGAUGAUAUCGCAAUUCAUUAUAAACAGUGGCGGAUCUUCACUUUGACCGGUCAAAGCCAGGUCUCCGAUAAUUCUUUUCCGGUGCUUAAAAUUCUUACUUGACCUCAGAAUAUUUAUAUACAACUAAUAAUUCAAUUUUAAUUUUUAUUAA